GAUUAUGGGUAAUUUUCCGAGUAGAGAAUCUGGCGCACCGGCAGUUCUGCGUGUAAACUGUACACACUCCGUGCUGGACUCUGAAUCCACGUGAGUUUCCUCGUGGGCUUAAUGUGGUUCAGAUUUCCCGAGACUGCGCUCGCGACAGGACUCCGCGAGCGGUUCUCUCCACAUCUCACACUGUUGCAGUGAUGGCAAAGCUCCAGGGCUUUGAGUUCUGGAGGAAGACGCUGAAAGAGGCCCAGUUCGUGGUGGCACCCAUGGUGGACCAGAGUGAGCUGGCCUGGCGCCUGCUGAGCCGCCGACAUGGUGCUCAGCUCUGUUACACUCCCAUGCUGCAUGCUCAGGUGUUUGUCCGUGAUGCCAACUACAGGAGGGAGAACCUCUACAAUGAGGUUUGUGAGGAGGACAGACCUCUCAUCACGCAGUUUUGUGCCAAUGAUCCAGAGGUGUUCCUCAAGGCGGCGCUGCUGGCGCAGGACUACUGUGACGCCAUCGACCUCAACCUAGGCUGUCCUCAGAUGAUAGCCAAGAGAGGACACUAUGGAGUCUUCUUACAAGAUGAAUGGGAGCUGCUGGAGAAAAUGGUCAAGUUAGCCAACGAAAAGCUCUCGGUGCCCAUCACAUGCAAGAUCCGUGUGUUCAAGGAGAUUGACAAGACGGUGUCCUAUGCCCAGAUGCUGGAGAAAGCUGGAUGUCAGCUGCUGACAGUGCAUGGCAGAACCAAAGAUCAGAAAGGUGCGAUGACUGGUAUCGCCAGCUGGGAGCACAUCAAGGCAGUGCAGAAGUCUCUUAAUAUUCCAGUGUUUGCUAACGGCAACAUUCAGCACCUGAGUGAUGUGGAGCGAUGCAUUCAGGACACAGGGGUUCAGGGAGUUAUGAGUGCAGAGGGGAAUCUUCACAACCCCGCACUGUUCGAGGGUUGCAGCCCCCCAGUGUGGGAGAUGGCUGAGGAGUACCUGGAGCUGGUGAAGCAGUAUCCUCCCUGCACUCUGUCCUAUGUACGAGCCCACCUCUUCAAGCUCUGGCACCACACGCUUCAGAUACACCAGGACCUGAGGGAGGAGUUGGCCAAGAUGAAGAACCUGGAAGGUUUGGCCGAUGUCAGCAAUAAACUGAGACUGCGUUGCCAGGAGGAGAUCGCCAAAGGAAAGGAUGUGGAAGAGAAGGAGGGCAGCGGCCUGCCCCUCCCUCACUGGGUCUGCCAGCCGUACGUCAGACCAGUGCCAAAGGAGCCAGUUGCCAAUGGUAACGGCCGGAGUUCAGAGGUGAAGAAGGCCGUGUGUCAGAAGAGGGCACUGGAGGACUCUGAUGGAUCCACAGACACGCUCUCCAAAAACAAGCAGAAGAAAAGAUCCCGCAACCCCAACAAGAACUUCUGUCCCGAGCAGAAACCCAAGUACAUCAAAUGUGAACAGUGUGGGAACCCAAAGGGAAAUAAGUGUGUCUUCAACCUGUGUCGAAGCUGCUGCAAGAAAAAGGCCUUCAAGGAGGUGGCAGACUGUCCAAGUCAUGGACUGAGGUUCAAGACCAAGGCAGAGAAACGGAAAGCUGAGGAGGAAAAUGGGAAGGAGGUCUCGGCGACAGAGACGGAGAAGAGCAGCAGCAUCUCGCCACAGCCACAGCCAGAGCUGCAGGAGCAGUCAGAGGCUUCACUGCUGCUAUGAUCUGGACUAUGACUGUUUCUACACGCACAAAGAACCCUCCUCAUAAUCCUGUCCUGAGCUGUCAAAGCAGCAGAGGUCGGAUUAACCCGGUUAAGAUUAUUUGGUUCAAAUGUUCAUCACAUUAAACAUCAGUAGAGGGGGCUGUAUUUUAUUUUGCUUGUGAUAAAACACAUGCUGGGAACACAUUUGUGUUGCUCUCGAGUAGAAAAGAACUGGUCAGUGUGUGCAUGUAGAGUUAGCCAGUGUUUCACACACACACACACACACAGACACAGCUGCUAAACGACCUCACUGACUGACAGUGAAAUGCAGACGUUGCUCAGCUCAGAAACAUAAAGAAAACAUAUUUUUUUUAUUUAAUAUGAAUUUCCAGGAUUGAUAAUUAUAUUUGGAAAGUCCUCGUGAAAACAAAUGACUUCACUAAUUCUGUCAUUUUAUUAUCAUUUUUAUUAUUUUUAAGACAAAAGAUUGUAAGUGGAUAAGUUUUGAACUUUAUUUUGGCCAAAGUUGUUACUGAGCCACCAAAGUUUAAAGACUCGGUAACUGUUAGACUGAUGGAAGAGACUGGGUCACAAAUGUGAUGAGAAACUAUUUAUUUUUUAUCUUAGCCUGUAAUGCAUUAAUGUGCCUUUUUAAAUGAGAAAUACCACUGCCUAUUUAGACAUGAACGCACCACCUGGUGUUCAGUGAUGACUCCACGAUCUGCCUGUAAAACAUUACUUCUCUUUUUUUUCAUCUUACAGCCAGAAAAGUUUGUGGCAGAAAUAUUGGGUGCUAUUUUUUUUUUUUAACUAAAAGCGAAAAAAACUUUAA